UUUUGAUAAAUAAUAAUAAUAACAUAAAAAAAAAAAAAAGGAAAUCAAUAUAGUUACCAUCCUUUGAUGUUUCGUUUUGAAAACUUUCGGAAACCAGCUAUCGGCACAUCAACAGAAAAUGCAACUAUAGAUAUUGGCCAUGAUCCAUUGAAUUCACCUUCUACUGACUUGACAAAUGAAGAUAACAAUGACAACAGCAACAAACCACCAGCAAGUUUUUUACAACGCAUAGCCAGUAGUGAUACUCUAUUCCGACCACCACACAAUAAGAAAUCAAGUACAUCCAAUAUUCACAAAAGUACGUCAUCUUCCACACUUCAAUCGACCUCUUCUUUCUCUAUUCCUAUACCAAGCAAUUCGUGGGGUAUGAAAGCACUCUCGCUACUACAAGAUCCUGACAGUACUGAUUAUGAAGAUAUCAUUGAUUUACUACUAGAUGGGGAUAGGGCUACAUUACUUCUACCUGUAUCAAGACCAACUCAUCCUUCUGUACAUAUCGACCUGGAAUUUAUCAAGGAUCAUGUGAUCAUUUAUCCUCCUCAGCAAGAUAGAUCUUAUGUUAUGUCUCUUAGUGGUAUACGCGGUGCAUUUAAAAAGGAUCAGUUUGUUGCACUAGAUCUUUUAACCUCAGAAUAUGAGAGUAGCUCUUUUAUAGGGAGAACCGAAGAACGAAAAUCUGCAUUUGAUAGCUUUGAUUUAGAUCCAACGUCAAUUACACCUGAUCAUCCUGUAUGCAAUAUUCUCGCCACUCAUGUGCCCGUUAAAUUACGAGGAGAUAAAGUUAUUUCUACCAUGUUGAUUCAAAAACCUUUGUCAAGAUCAGAAGUCAUGGAAUGGAUGCGCAACCGACAACAUUCACGGAAUAUGGAAUCAAGUUUGACCACUUCAACAUCAACAGAACCUUCUACUUCAACGACAUUAGAUGAUCCAUUGGCUCAUACUGUGAAUGCGUUUAUCAAUGCUUAUCGACAUCGACCUCCGAAAACAAUCACUAUGGCAAGCGCGCAAUGGGCCGAUUUUCUGGAUGAUUUACGUGACUCUAUGGAUACUAGUACUGGACAAAACAUUGAUGAUAGAUUAGAUAUCAUUGAAACUUUCAUGUGUCGAGAAUUAUACGACAGAUUAUUUAUGGCCGGGUCUAGCGAUGAUUCACGACAGGAUGAAAUUUUGGAAUCACGUAUUGCGGCUGUCAAUUUGUUAGAUCUCAACCUUGGUCAUUUGGGUGUUGCCGUGGAUCCUUCGGAAACUGAAAGUCUUAAUAACAUGGUCAAAUCUGCUGGAUCUCAGUUACAGCUUCUAAAUACUCUUCCAGGUGCCAAAGAAAAAUUAGAUGCUUUAGUGAAAACUCACCAAAUCAUAGUCGAUGCCAUCGAAGAGUUUGCGACAGAAAAUAAGGAAACAGCCGUGGGCACGAACUUGGAGGUGAUACAAGAAAUGAAACUGGCAAUGUCAACUGUCAACGAUGAAUCAAGUAAAGUUAGUAUCAGUGGUGAAUCAAUGACGGAACAACAACGAUCAGGAAUCGACAAAGAUACCAGUCAACAGCUUGAUAGCGCUAGAUCUACUGAUGAUAUCAAUAUCUCAAUAUCUGACAAUCAGCUACAACCCAAAACUACAAAAACAACGACGACGACGACGAUAGUAGAUACCCACCUGAAUACUCAUACUGUUGCCGACAUAAUUCCAUCGUCUUCACCGGUAUCCUCUGAUCAUUCCAAUUUGCGAACAGCUAGUGCCGAUGUAUUACUUCCACUUCUUAUUUUCACCAUUGUUAAAUGCAACCCAACCAACUUUAUGUCCAAUCUCAAGUUUAUUCAACGAUUUAGACAACCAAGUCGACUCUCUGGGCAAGCAAGCUACUGUCUCACAAAUAUCUUAGCGGCUGUCUCUUUUUUAGAAACAACGAAUUUAGUGGGUCUUGGUUUGUCAGCUGAUAAAGUACAUAGCAAUGUGAUCGAUUUGAAUGCUAUCGCACCAACCGAGAUGGUAUCUGAUCCGUCAAAUCAACAAGGGUCAUCAUCAUCAAGUAGUGCUGGAGGGACAGGAUUGAAACUUGUAUCUGAUGUGAUGGAUAGUUCUUAUCGUGUAUUUGACGGAAUUGGUCGAUUCUGGCAACAACGGAAUGGAACUGACAAUGAUAAUUUAACAGUAUCAGCGACAAUGACAUCAUCUGCACCUACAACGGCCCAGGUGAUUGAUACCAACAAUAAACGUCAUCAUAGCUUUUCAUCAUUAUCACCAAGUGAACUUAAGGACAUGGCCACUUCAGUAAUAGGAUUAUCAAAAUCGAAAAAGGAAGAAUCAGGAACAACAACUCAUCGUGAAGGUAUAAACUGGGAAAACGCUGUACCAGGAUUUUUAGAACAAAGGAAAGCAUCUCUCAAGCCUUCUAUAUCCACUUCGACAUCUUCGUCGACUUCAUCCAGAAACGAUUCUUUCCAAAGCCUUUUACAAGCACCUGCUCAGUUUAUUCAGUCUGUACAACAAAAAUCCAGCAGACAAACGCAACAUCAGCAUCAACAACCUUAUGAUGGACCUUUACAGAAAUUUUUGACGAUGAAAUCGGUGGAUGAAUUGACGAUAGGCGAAAUUCCAGAGCUAUUGGCAGAUUACAAGCGACUGGCAGCAAUACUGAAACAGUCCAAUUUAUUACAGUGAUACUUUUGAUCUCUCUCUCUUUUACUUGGAUUUUGGAUAUUCUUCUAUCUGGGAAUCCAGAUAUUUGGGUUUAUGAUUUGGUUCCUGCAAGAAAUGGAUGUCGGAUAUUUAUUUUAUUAUUCCUUUUUGGUACGAUGGGGAUUACCUAUUUUGGAACUUGUCUUUAUAUAUAUAUAUAUAUAUAU